UGCAGCCAAGCGCUGUCUCUUCCAGCAUCAUCAGUCCCCCCUCCGUCUCCAUCAUCUCCCUUCACAGUUAACGUCCAACAAACUGGGUUCUGUUGUUGUCUGUCUACGUAAAUUUGACUUCUGACAGCAGCAUGUCUGACAAGAGUGAACUCAAGGCUGAGCUGGAAAGGAAGAAACAACGGAUCGCCCAGAUUCGAGAGGAGAAGAAAAGAAAAGAGGAAGAGAAGAAAAAGAAGGAUGGAGACUCUAAACGUGGAGGUGAGGCAAUGGGUGGAUCUUCAGCCGGCCAUGAAGAUUCAGACCUGGAGAGGAAGAGGAGGGAAGCUGAGGCUCUGCUGCAGAGCGUUGGCAUCACCCCCGACGUACCCCACGCUCAGCCCCUGAGGGUAGUAACAGAAGAUACAUGUCUGUUUCACUACCUAGUCCCUGCCCCAAUGUCUCCCUCCAACAAAUCUGUCGGCAGCGAUGCAGGAAGUCAAGAUUCUGGCGAUGGAAACGCAGGACCAAGGACAUUGCAUUGGGAUCCUGACCCCUCUACUCUGCAACUCCACUCCGACUCUGAGCUGAUGGGACGUGGAGCCGUGAGGCUAGGCAUGUCCAAAGUGACCCAGGUGGACUUUCUGCCAAAGGAAAUGGUGUCCUACUCCAAAGAAACGCAGACACCCACGGAGGCAAUGACACACACCGAUCAAAAAGCAGAUGAGGAAGAGGAUGAGGAGAUAACUGCUCCUCCACCAGCAGAGGACAACCAGGAGGACAAAGAUGAGCAGGGUGAACAGCAGCAGGAAGACGCCCCCAAGGAGCUGACCGAGGAAGAGAAGUUGCAGUUGCUUCACUCGGAUGAUUUCUUAUCAUUUUUUGAGCGCGGCAGCAGAAUUGUGGAGAGAGCUCUGGCUGAGCAGGUGGAUGUCUGCUUCGACUACAGCGGCAGAGAUCUAGAGGACAAGGAGGGUGACUUGCAGGCUGGGGCAAAGCUGGUUCUGAACAGGCAGUUUGCAGAUGAGCGUUGGACUAAAAACAGAGUGGUCACCUGUCUCGACUGGUCUCCUCAGUAUCCAGAGCUGCUGGUGGCCUCAUAUAACAACAAUGAGGAUGCUCCACAUGAGCCUGAUGGUGUGGCACUGGUCUGGAACAUGAAGUAUAAGAAGCCCACCCCUGAAUACAUCUUCCACUGCCAGUCUGAAGUGAUGUCAGCCGGCUUUGCAAAGUUUCACCCCAACCUUGUGGUGGGUGGGACAUACUCGGGACAGAUAGUAUUAUGGGACAACAGGAGCAACAAGCGCACCCCUGUGCAGAGGACUCCCCUGUCUGCAGCUGCACACACACACCCAGUCUACUGCGUGAAUGUGGUGGGAACCCAAAAUGCCAACAACCUGAUCAGCAUUUCCACUGAUGGCAAGAUGUGCUCCUGGAGCCUGGACAUGCUCUCCCAGCCACAGGACAGUCUGGAGCUGGUGUUCAAACAGAGCAAAGCGGUGGCUGUCACCUCCAUGGCGUUUCCUCUGGGUGACGUUAACAAUUUUGUGGUAGGGAGCGAAGACGGCUCCGUCUACACCGCCUGUCGCCAUGGCAGUAAGGCAGGCAUCACUGAAGUGUUUGAAGGUCACCAUGGUCCGGUUACUGGACUGAGCUGCCACAGUGCUGGAGGACCUGUCGAUUUCUCUCACCUCUUCAUUUCGUCCUCGUUUGACUGGACCGUCAAACUCUGGAGCACUAAGAGUACCCGUCCACUAUACUCUUUUGAGGACAGCUGUGACUACGUCUACGAUGCGAUGUGGUCUCCAACACACCCUGCCCUGUUUGCUUGUGUGGACCUAGCUGGACGUCUGGACUUGUGGAACCUCAACAAUGAUACCGAAGUUCCAACUGCUAGUGUGUAUGUGGAUGGGGCUCCAGCACUGAACCGUGUCAGAUGGUCUCACACUGGAAAGGAGAUUGCCACUGGGGACUCAGAGGGACAGGUUCAGGUCUACGAUGUUGGCGAGCAAAUCUGUGUUCCCAAAGCAGAUGAGUGGACCCGCUUCGUCAGGACGCUGGCUGAGAUCAAUGAAAACAGAGAUGAAGCUGAGGAACUGGCCAAUGCAUGAUGUUGCAAACCCCACCCACCCCCACACACAACCACUCAUAAAAUUCUCUCCAGUCCGCUACACCUAUAGUACAUUACACAGUACUGCCAGAAGAGCUGCGCUCGCCUCUCUCUGGUUGCCAGCUUCUCCACAUUCUACAUUUGGCCUGAGGAGAUGUGCAGAGCUAGAAUGGAUAGAAGUGGCAGCUUUAGAUGUGUUUUUGAAUGUCUCUUUCAGAGUUUUAGAGUACAUUUGUAGGAACAAUGAAUGUCAGGUGUAGUAGUAGCACAGAAACCAGAGUAAGUUGUUGAAAGCUUAGAAGAAUAGAGGAAAGUGAUUUUCAGUGUAGAUGUGGCUGUCCACUCUGAACUUCUAGCUUUGAUAACAUCCUCAGGGCUCCAGAAACUGCUCUUCUCCUGAGGCCUCAACAGACUCGGCUCUUUUUUUAAAUAUGCAAACCUUUGUACUUGCACCUUUUUAUUACCGUUUGAGUGUUUUUACAUGUUUUCCCAGACACGCUUGUGCACAGCUGACAAAUUUUGAAGACUGAAAACACCCUUUUAUUCUGAGAAGCACUAAAACAGCUAAUGCACUCACGCACAUAGAUACCUGGCCUGUGCAGAAGCGUGUCAUUCUUACAUUUUAACCACUACAAUAUUUAAUAUUUAUCACGGUGGUUGUACUUAUUUAAAUAUUGUGUGUAUUAUUUUAAAGACGCUGCUUUGUACUAAAAGUUUGAAUUGUACAAUCUUGAAAUUAGCACUACAAGCUUCUUAAUAAGCAAAAAUGUUACUCUACUUGGCUUGAAUUUAUUGACACUAGUACAGUGAAAAGGGGAUGCGUUUUUCCUGUAUCAAAGGUUAAUGUUAUUGGAAACAGUUCCCCGACACAUCCUCUUUAAGAGGAGCCAGAUAAACUAAAUGAAGUUUUAGAUGAAGGCAUGAAGCAAAAGUUGGAAACUAACUUAACCACAAAAUGGGAGUCCUUUAUUUCGCUUUUUAUCCAUCCUGUUUUUCAUUCCUUCCAUGAUUGAUGGAUUCAACAUCCUGCCUCACAAAGUUAACAUUUAAAAAAACAAAGCUUAAAGCACACUGAAGCAACCACACCUGAUGUAAAAUAAGACAAGUGCUCUGCUUACACUACUUGUACUGUAUUCUUCUCCAUUUCUGUUCCUGAUACAAUGGAUGGUUGCACUUUCCCAUUGGAAUAAAAUUUGA